UUUUUUUUUUUCUUUUUACCUUAAAAUCAUUAUAUGUGAAUGUUGAAGUUUUUGCAACUUAAAAUAUAUUGUAUUUUUAAUUUAUAAUGGCUAAAAUUUGAUGGUCAAAAGAUAGUAUAAGAAAAACGGAUAUUAAAAAAGAAUAGGAAAAAAAAAAGAUAAAAAAAUUGUUAUUUAAAAAAGCAGUAAAAAAAAGUUAAAAAAAAAACUAUCAUUUAAAAAAAUAUAUAAAAAAGGGUAAAAAAAUAGAAUAAAAGAGAAUCAGAGAAAAAUAAGAUACUUAAAAAAAUUAAAUAAAUAAAAAGAAUGAAAAAAGAAAAAUACCAUUGGUAAAUUAUCAAGUAUCAACCACAUAAAAACUGCUCUUGAGGAAUGUGUACUUUUUGGGCUUUGAAGCAUGGGCCAGGCCGGGCCUUGGCCGUCUUUGUCUAUGAGUAGAAAACUAGAAAUAAACGUCAAUUCAAACCGAUAAACUGUUACAACUUCCAUCAACAAAAAAUACUCGUUCCAACAAUUUCUUCGCCACCGAACGGACUGACCGUUUUAUAGGAAGCCGCAACAGUUAUCGGAAAACAGCGAUCGAUUCUCUUCUUCACCUUCUUUACGAUGGCAUCCACAUCAAAAUCAAAAUCAAAUCGAGGAAAACCCAAGAAUUUCAAGUUCGUUCCAAAACCAAAGCAACAAUGGCGUGUGAAGGAACAGAAAAGGAAUUGGUUGGAACUCCCAUCUGAUGUAAUGGCUAAUAUUCUAUACAGAGUUGGUGUUCAUGACAUACUUGAGAAUGCCCAGAAAGUUUGCACUACUUGGCGUAAUAUCUGCAAGGAUCCUGCCAUGUGGAGGAUCAUUUAUAUGGAGAAUAUUUACACGGAUCCAAAUGCAAGAUCCCGUCUACGAGAAAUGUGUAAGAAUGCUGUGGAUCGAAGCCAGGGCCAAUUGGUUGAUAUCUCCAUGGUGAAUUUUACAGAUGAUGAGCUUCUUGAGUAUGUUGCAAAUAGAUCAAGUCGGCUUAAACGUCUUGAAAUUGCAUGUUGCUAUAAUGAAAUUUAUGGGAGCUUUAAUGAAGCUAUGAAGAAGUUUCCAUUAUUAGAGGAACUGAGUCUCUACACAACAAAUAUCUCAGAAGAAUCUAUUGCAACUGCAGGGCGUUGUUGCCCUAUGCUAAGAACACUGAAAAUAAAUCAAGAAGCAGAUAGGUAUUGGUAUGGGUAUGAUGGUGAUGAGGGGUUAAACAUCCUCAAUGAGAUACCAAUAUAUAUUGGAGAGAACUUACAUGAGUUAAGGCACCUUGAACUUAUUGGAAUGAACAUCUCGAAUUAUGAGUUGCAAGUGAUUUUGGAUGGUUGUUGUCAUCUUGAAUCACUUGACUUGCGUCAGUGCUUGUACGUUAAGCUUGAUGGAGAAUUUGGGAAAAAAUUAUCAGAAAAGAUUAAAUGUUUGAAAUUACCCAAUGAUAGUGUUGAAGGAUGUCCUUAUAUUUAUAAAAAUGGUGUGAACUUUAGUACUGCGCCUAGAGGCUCUGACUAUGAUGACUCUGACUAUGAUGAUUCUGAAGUCUGUUAUCAUUGUGAAGUCUAUGAUGAUUCCGAUGAUUUCACAGUUCAUCAUGCUUUUGGAGUCUAUGCUGAUGAUGAUGAUGAUGAUGAUGAUUUGAAUGACUUUGAGGACUUGGAGUUGCUACUUUUAUGACCUUGUCUGAAUGAUCUCUUUGACAUAAAGGUGUAGCUGUUGCCUUUGGGAAUGACGUUUAGGCUCUGUUUAUACACCUCCAAAUAAGCAGUUGAUCAUUUCCAUUUUUUUUUUCUUUUGGCUAAAACGUGGGUGAAGACUAAAAGAAUUUUAUGUUGGUUUGUUGAUUAAUAUGGUAUCUCAUCUUAAUUACUUCAUUUCAAUGUGUACCUUUGGUUGACCUCCAUUGCUUAGGUAUUGUUUAUCGGUGUUUUUAUUUUCUUCUCCCA